AUGAAAAGCGAGGUGGACAUUCUCAUGGCCAUGCAUCUGGUCAAGAAAGCUUGGGUGUCUGCGCACCCAGACGUGCUGAUCAACGCUUUCAUGAAAGCAGGGUUCAAAUCCACAUUGAUUCAGCCGGUGAAGCAGCCACCAGAGGAUAAAUGCGAUCUGAUCGAGGACUUUACACAUUAUGUAUCUAUUGAUGACCUCUAUGAAGAAUAA